GGCCCACCCGGAACAUAGCGCCGGAAGCGUGUCCGUGUAGAAACACUGCUCGGAGAGACAGGAAGUGUUCCUAGGCGGAAGUUUCUGGGGGAAGCUUUAGCACCUAGGACACUUCCUGAUUCCUACUAACAAUAGGAAGUGUCCGCGGAACUGGGGUAGACUCUUGGCUCACACCUGCCGUGCCCUGUUACCUCUAUCUCCUCCUUCCCCCCCUUCUUUCCCUCAUCUACCACUCCCGGGAACCCUGGCUGGGUGUGCCUGUGUAUGCGAGCUCGAGAGCCCUCGCACCAGCAACCACUUAGGGCUCGCGGCUGCAGUUAGGGUAAGGGUCCCAGUGCGCAGGCGCGCUCCCGUUCACGACCUCCAACGGACGCGCCGGCGGCGGGAACCAGAAGGCACUCCUGGUGCGAGGUAGGGAAUCUAGGGAGGAAAUUGGCAGAAAAGACGAAUGACUGUAGAGAACCAUGAUGGUGCUUGAUUAGGGAAAGGGACUCUUAAGUUUUGAGAAAAGAGAAUUCUGGGAACAGACUCAGCUGGUGAGAUUAGAAAUAGUUAUUUUAGGGUCCCAGGAGACUGGAGUCAGCCUCGGAGAAAGUCAAGAUGAAGUGACCGAAAUGAGUGGCAGCUACUGGGGAAACGAGAGCUUUGGAAUGAAGAUUGCCUCUUGCAGUGAGUUUAUGUGAAAACUGGGGAAAUACAGGCAUUAGAUUUAGUGGCAUAAAUAAUACACUCACAAGGCGGGCAUGGUGGCCCUUGGGAAGGUAGAGCUAUAUGGUGAGACCAUGUCUGAAAUGCCUCCCUCCCCAAAUCAGACUACACUUAAAAGCAGUGCCUGGCACAUGGUUACAGUGCUGCCUGAGUUGCUGUCAUCUUAAGACUGCAGAGAGGAAGUAGAAGAGAAAAUAAAAAAAAGAUGGUGACAGCAAGGUAAAGCAGGCAGAGAAUAGAGCAAAAAAAGCAGAGGAUAAAAUGAAAUUGCAACCUGAGAUGGGAUCACAUGUAUUUAAAGCAAGUAAGUUAAACAGAUGCUCAAAAACAUUAGGAAAGAAUGUGAUGCAGAGAAAAACUGAGCGCCCUUUCUCUGAAAGGGUCUCCAACGUCUAGGAAGCCUUAGGUGGCAGCUGAAGAAAGUUGCUGCUUUGUCAGUGCUUUCAGAGCAUUCAGUUUAGCUGAGGAGUGAAGAAAGAAUUGGACUUCUCUUAUUGCAAGGCCUGAUCAGCUGUUGUGGCUCUCACCUGUAAUCUGAGCUCUCAGGAGACUAAGGUAGGGAACUCCAUGAAUUUGAAGCUAGCCUGGGCUACAUAGGGAGUUCCAGAGCAGCUUGAGCUGCAGAGGGAGGUAAGACCUUAUCUCAAAACACCACCACCUCCACCAGAGCCAGAAAUAGUUCUGGUUUAUUGUUAAAAGCUCAUAGAUUCUUGUUAGUUUGUCCCAGAAUUAUAGAGAGCAGAGACAUAGGAACAGUAAUAUCCAUUAUGUACUGUCUAAACAAAAUUAGUUAGGUCUGUCUAGAGCCUAGACUCUAGACUUUAGUUUCCUUAUCUCUGGCUCUAGAGAUGACUUAUGCCUAGGGGAACUUUUCUAGAAGUUUGUGCAUAGUAAAGCUUUAAGAGAUGGUACCUCCAGACCUAAUAAAAAGCAGGUCACUUGGCAUGGAUGGUGGGGAAACCUCUCAGUGACUUCUAGUGAAUGUGGUGCUCACAUAUCCAAGAAGCAAAACUGAUUGAGUCCUUCCUUCUGACUGCCGCCCCUUCUUUCCAGGCCUUGGCCCUUCUGCAGAGAAAGAUGCCGCUGCCACCUGUCUGUUCCUCCUGAGCCUCUAGGUUUUUCUACUGCAUUGAUGUAUGGCAGACAUGCCCCUUUCAUUCAGUUGCUCUGACUGUCAGCGCCACUUUCCUAACCUCCCAGAACUGUCUCGGCAUCGAGAACUGCUCCAUCCAUCUGCUAACCAGGACAGUGAGGAGGCUGACGGUUCCCCCCACCCCUUUCGAAGUCAGCAGUGUGGGCGUGGCUACCAUCACCCAGGGACCUCUGUCAACCACCAACAGAACCUCGAAACUGGUCUUUUCCCCUGUACCACCUGUGGCAAGGAUUUUACUAAUCCCUUGGCCCUCCAGAGCCACAUGAGGACUCAUGCUCUUGAGGGACACCAAAGGCACAGGCCCCCACAUGCCAAGGAAACCACUUCACACGGUCACAUCGAGACAAUGUCUACUGAAUCCUGGGGUCAGAGACUUGAUUCUAGGGAAGGCUGGGAAAGUCAGACAAAGCAUGUACAAGAGACAGGUGAAUGUGACUCUGAAGCUGAUCCCAGGGCAGUUCCAGGUACUUGGGAAGAUCCACCGACCAAAUCAAGAGAAGGCUUAGAAAUCCAGCCAGAUCCUAAAGAAAGUGCAGAGGACUGGGUACCCGCCACCAAUUCUGAUGGAGCACCACCACUCCCCACUCCAGCCAGCAACCUGCUUAGCAAUUUGGAACAGUAUUUGGCUGAAUCAGUAGUGAACUUCACAGGGGGCCAGGAAUCCACUGAGCCACUUGCUGCUGAGGAGGAACGAAAAUACAAGUGCAAUCAAUGUGGAAAGACCUAUAAGCAUGCUGGGAGCCUCACCAACCACCGCCAGAGCCACACUCUGGGCAUCUACCCUUGUGCCAUCUGUUUUAAGGAGUUUUCUAACCUCAUGGCUCUGAAGAACCACUCACGACUCCACGCUCAGUAUCGACCUUACCACUGUCCCCACUGCCCUCGUGCCUUCCGGCUCCCUCGGGAUCUACUGGAACAUCAGCAGUCCCACGAGGGGGAAAAGCAGGAACAGCCAUGGGAAGAGAGAGAGAUGCUUACCACAAAUGGACAUACGGAUGAGAGGAGCUGGAAUCAGCUACCCAAAACACCGAUACUGAAUGGCUCUGGGGAGCUCAGCACUUCUGGGCAGCUAGAGGAUGGUAGCCCAGAGGAGUAUCGACCUUUUUGUUGUGGGGACUGUGGUCGUACUUACCGUCAUGCAGGUAGUCUCAUCAACCAUCGAAAGAGCCACCAAACAGGUAUCUAUCCCUGUUCAGUUUGUUCCAAGCAGCUGUUCAAUGCAGCUGCUCUGAAAAACCAUGUUCGUGCUCAUCAUAGACCCCGGCAAGGGACUGGGGAAGAAGUGUCCUCAACUGCCCAUAUGUUGGCAGAGACUACCAAAAAAGAGGAAGAGGUCCCCGAGAGCAACCUUGACCAUCGUCCCUAUAAGUGCAAUGAGUGUGGUCGGGCUUACCGCCACAGGGGGAGUCUGGUGAACCACCGCCACAGCCAUCGGACAGGAGAAUACCAGUGUUCACUCUGUCCUCGAAAAUACCCUAACCUUAUGGCUCUGCGCAACCAUGUGCGUGUACAUUGCAAGGCUACACGCCGAAGUGCAGACCCAGGGACUGAGGGUUCACCUAGCCCUGUCAAGAAGGAACAACCUGACCCAGUGGGAACAGAAGCAGCAUUCCACACAGAUCAAGGGCAUGUAUACAAACAUGAAGAAGAGGCCACAGCAGAUAGGACAACACAACAGAUAUGUAACAUUUGUGGUAUGCUCUUUGAAGAUCUCAAGAGUCUUGAACAUCAUGGCAUGACGCACAAGGCAGGGGAAGGAGAAAAGAGCAGGACAGACAGCAACGUGUCACCACCUAGAGCAUUUGCUUGUCGAGACUGUGGAAAGAGCUAUCGCCACUCAGGCAGCCUUAUCAACCACAGGCAGACCCACCAGACAGGAGACUUCAGCUGUGGGACCUGUGCCAAGCAUUUCCAUACCAUGGCUGCCAUGAAGAGCCAUUUACGACGUCAUAGUCGGCAGUGGAACAGGAGGCACCAGAAACAAGAUAGUACUGGUGAAGAAGAGUCCAAACUCGCACCUGCGGGUACCUGGACCCAGAAGCUGGAAAAUGAUGAAGACCUGGAUUCUUCCCAAGACCCUUUGGGAGAAAGUCCUUGUGGGGCUGAAGACAACCUGGAAAGGGAUGGGGACUGUUUGCAGGUGGGAUCUAAAGGCAGCGAAUAUGGGCUUGGAAGGGAUGAAGCCUGUUUCCUGGGUGCUAAAGAAGACACUGGCACUGAGGAAGGACUAGAAAAGAAAGAGGCCUGUUUCCUUGAUCACUUAGACAUUCCAGGUGAUGAGGAAAGCAGUAAAGCUGGCUUCUAUGAUAGUCUCCCUGGGGUGGAUAGUGACCAGAAGCCAGGCAUUUGCCAGUUUGACUCCUCCCACCCUGCUGACACUGACACUGUCUGGAAGGCUGAAGUCACUCACACAUGUUCUGAUUGUGGGGAAUCUUUCCCCCAUGCUGCUGGCCUGCUGAGCCAUAGGUCCUGCCACCCUCCAGGCAUCUAUCAAUGCUCUCUCUGUCCAAAGGAGUUUGAUUCUCUGCCUGCCCUGCGUAGUCACUUCCAGAACCACAGGCCAGGGGAGGUAGCCUCAGCACAGCCCUUCCUCUGUUGUCUGUGUGGUAUGAUCUUUCCUGGGAGGACUGACUACAGGCAUCACCUGCGCCAGGCUCACGGCACUUCUGGCAUACCUGAGGGCUCAGAAGAAGAGGAGGAAGGCACAGCAGAAGCAGCCUCUACCCAUAGUCCUCCCCUACAGCUUUCAGAAGCAGAGCUGCUGAAUCAGCUACAGCGGGAGGUGGAAGCUCUAGAUGGAGCAGGUUAUGGGCACAUUUGUGGCUGCUGUGGUCAGACCUAUGAUGACCUGGGGAGCCUGGCGCGUCAUCACCAAAGUCAAAGUUCCAGUAAUACAACAGAGACUGUUCCUAGCCACUUAGAAGGAUCAGUUGAUUCGAUAGAAAUAGUUACAGAUCAUGUCUUUGAGGGCACAGUGACUUCUGUCUCAGAAGAGGGUAAGGACACUAAGUCUGAGGAGGGAGUAGAUGGCACAGUUGCAGACAGCCUUUGCAUGCAGGCUGGUGAAAGCUUUCUGGAGUCCCACCCCCGCCCUUUCCGAUGUAACCAGUGUGGCAAGACUUAUCGUCAUGGAGGCAGCCUGGUUAACCACCGGAAGAUCCAUCAGACAGGUGACUUCAUCUGCCCUGUCUGUUCUCGCUGCUACCCCAACCUGGCUGCCUACCGGAAUCAUCUGCGGAACCACCCUCGCUGCAAAGGUUCAGAGCCCCAAGUGGGUCCUAUCUCAGAGGCAGGAGGCAGCAACGAACCCCAGAAUGUGGCAGAGGCAGGGCAGGAACAGGCAUUAAUAGGGCAGCUCCAGGAAGAAUUUAAAGUGGAGCCCUUUGAGGAGCCGGCAAGGGUGAAAGAAGAAGUGUGGGAGGAGACCACUGUAAAGGAGGAGGAACUGGAGCACAGGUUGGAGACAGCAGAGAAAGGCUGUCAAACUGAAGUCAGCUCUGAGCGGCCCUUUAGCUGUGAAGUAUGUGGCCGUACCUACAAGCAUGCUGGCAGCCUCAUCAAUCACCGGCAGAGCCACCAGACUGGCCACUUUGGCUGCCAGGCCUGCUCCAAGGGCUUUUCAAACCUCAUGUCCCUUAAGAACCACCGGCGCAUCCAUGCAGACCCUCGGCGUUUCCGCUGCAGUGAAUGUGGGAAGGCCUUUCGCCUGCGGAAGCAGCUGGCCAACCACCAGCGGGUCCAUACUGAGCGACGGAGGGGUAAGGGCACCCAGAAGCUUAUUCGUGAGGAUCGGCCUUUCAGGUGUGGGCAAUGUGGCCGGAACUACCGCCAUGCUGGCAGCCUCCUGAACCAUCAGUGCAUCCAUGAGACAGGCCAAUACAGCUGCCCCUUCUGUUUUAAGACAUAUUCCAACCGCACAGCCCUGAAAGACCACCAGAGGCUGCACUCUGAUAGUCGGCGGCGGCGGGCGUCCCGGAGGGCAGCAGCUGUGCGUUGUACCCUUUGUGGCUGUGGCUUUCCUGGCCAGGGGUCCCUGGAGCAGCAUCUGCAGGAGCAUGAGGAGGGCAAACUGGAGCUGGCCCGCAGCCAGGGAGGCCCACAUGAUACGGAAGGCAGUAAGGAAAACCUUGCUGAUGACUGGGGCCUGGAGGCCAGGUCAGAAGGUCUUCAGUCAGUCCUGCAGCUGGAGCAUGGAACCCAGAGGCCUAGGGAGCACAUUCAGAGUCCCAGCAGGCCAGCAGGUUCAGAAGUCACAGAAUCUUUCUCUUGGGAAAUAGGGAAGGUAGAUGGGUGUCAAGGAGACAGGGGACAAAUGAAUCACAAUGGUGCCUGGGGUCUUCAGGACCAGUUAACCAAACCAGAAGGCAAGUUGGAAGACCUCUCUGAGAGCCAGUCCAGCGGUCCUGCUGCAAGUUAUAUGGAUAGCUGGGAUGAUGGAGACAGCAGCUCUCAGCUCCAACCAGAGAGCCGCCCUUAUUGCUGUAGUCAGUGUGGAAAGACCUACUGCCAACCUGAUGGCCUCUUGAAUCCCGACAUUAACAAGAAAGACUGUCACAGUUGUUUGCGCUGUUCCAAAGAGCUAUUGAGUGCUGUGACCACUACAGUCCACAACCACACUGCUGCCCAGAUCUUUGCUUGUAGUAACUGUAGCAAAGUGUUUGAGUCCCACAUUGAGCUGGCCACACACAUGCAGACUCAUGCUGUUGACCAUAAUCAGGCGCCAAGUCAGACAGAGGAGACCAGAGAUCCACAAGCUGGGAUGGUAGAGGUGGAUCCCCCUGGUCCAGGGAAAGCUCAGGAGGCCCCAUCCAAACCUCCUAGAGACCCAGAAGAGAAUGGGGAGCCAGCUGAUGUAGGACAAGGAGCAAAUUUGACAGCAGCUGAAGACAAGGAACGUCCCUUUUGCUGUGCUCAGUGUGGGCGCUCUUACCGCCAUGCUGGUAGCCUGUUGAACCACCAGAAGGCUCAUACCACUGGACUCUACCCCUGCUCCCUGUGUCCCAAACUUCUGCCCAACCUACUAUCUCUCAAGAAUCACAGCAGAACCCACACAGACCCCAAGCGCUACAGCUGCAACAUCUGUGGUAAGGCUUUCCGAACAGCUGCCCGGCUACAGGGCCAUGGCCGGGUCCAUGCUCCCCAGGAGGGACCAUUCACCUGUUCUCAUUGUCCCCGCCAUUUUCGCCACCAAACGAGCUUCCUGCAGCACCAGCAGCAGCACCAGGAGGAGUGGACCAUGUCUAGCUCAGGUAUGUGAGGAGCUUCAGUGGCAUCAGUAACAAGCAGAGGGGAUUCCUCUACAGCCUCUCUCUUGGACCCCUCACCCCAGUGGCCUGCAGACCUCAACUUCUCUGUUUGAACUUCAGAACUUCAGGUCUCCAAAGAACAGUUCACUGAAGCUGGGGAUGCAGGCAGGCAGGAGAGAGAGAGAGAGAGUCUUCAUCUCCACAGUUUGCUCAGGAGUUGCUUGAGCAUCCUCAUCUCUUCCCAUGAAGAGGACCCUGAUCUGGUUUCUUUGUCAAGAAGGACAUGAUGUAGUCUUCGUGUCUGUAUCCAUGAAGGAUCUCCUUCCCAAGCUUUUGUCACCGUGUUCUUCCAGGGCCAGGCUCUGCCACAGUGCUGGGAUAGGCAGAUUCUAACCCAGGGAGAGGCAUAUUCAAAGCAUACCACAGGUGGGAAGGUUGCCUGUGGAAGGGGAGCCUUUUACUAUAGUUUGUAACUUAUUUUCUAAAAUCUAUUUUGUAACAAUUUA